AGGGCAGGCUGUCCCCGUGUUUGGACGACGUGGACCUUCGGCUGUCCCCGCGCCUUUUAUUUAUUUAUUUAUUUCCUAUAAAGUUUUUGGAUGUGGUAACGAGAGCGCUUAGGCUGAACUCAACACGUUGUUUAUUGCUGGUCUCGUUUGGGCUGUGACUGGGACCGGUUUACUCCCUGCUGGGGUCCAGAAUAAGCCAGCAGCAUUCAGAGGCUCAUGCAGACGGGUCAGUCCUGGUCUGGAAGGUGAACGAGUCCGUCGGUGGUGAGUAAAGGCGUUCAGAAAUGGGUCUGUACCCUUUGGAGUUCAGCGAGUGCUACCUGGACAGCCCCAGCUUUAGGGAGAAAAUCCGUGCCCACGAAGCCGAGCUGGACAAGACCAACCGCUUCAUCAAAGAGCUCUACAAGGACGGCAAGAACCUCAUCAACGCGACGAAACAGCUCUCUCUGGCCCAGCUCAAGUUUGCCCAGUGCCUGGGGGACUUCCAGUUUGAGUACAUCGGAGAUGCGAAGACUGACGACGAGAAGUGCAUCGACGAAUCCUUGCAGGAAUUUUCCUCUUUCCUUAAAAAUCUGGAGGACCAGCGGGAGCUGAUGACACGGAACAUAACGGAGACUCUGAUGAAGCCCUUGGAGAAGUUUCGUAAGGAGCAGCUGGGCUCAGCCAAGGCAGAGAGGAAGAAGUUUGAGAAGGAAACUGAGAAGUACUACACAACGCUGGAGAAACUUUUAAACAUGUCUUCCAAGAAGAAGGAACCACAGCUGCAGGAGGCAGAUGUGACUGUGGAUGGUAUGAGGCAGCACUUUCAGGAUGAGUCUUUGGAGUAUAUUUGCAAACUGCAGGAGAUCCAGGAAAGAAAGAAGUUUGAGUGUGUAGAGCCUGUGAGUCUGCUUGCGUUCUUCCAGACGAUGUUCACCUUCUACCAUCAGGGCUUUGAGCUGGCCAACGACUUUGACCAUUACAAACGAGCCCUGCAGAUCAAUAUUCAGAACACACGGAGUCGUUUUGAGGGAACGCGUUCAGAGGUGUACGACUUGUUGAAGAAGUUCAAAGAGGCACCACAGGAAUACAGACAGACGAGUCCCAUCAGCAGUGAGGGAUACCUGUACAUGCAGGAGAAACGGCCUCCACCGUUUGGCUCCAGCUGGGUAAAACGUUACUGCACGUUCGUCAAGGAACAGAAAAUCCUUCACAUGGUCACUUUUGACCCCAAAUCUGGGGGCAAGUUUGGCGAGACGGAAUCGGUCACGCUCAAAUCAUGUCAGCGGAAAACGACAGAUACUCUCGACAGACGCUUCUGUCUGGAUCUAGAGAUCACAGACCGACCGGGCACUGUGUUCACGGCCCAGGCCCUCUCUGAGGAUGACCACAGGUUCUGGGUGCAGGAGAUGGGAGGGAAAGAACCCGUUCACUGUCUGGGAAGAAUAUAUUCCAGAGAGAGAGGAAUCGAUGCUCAGCUGGAUGACGUGGGUUUAAGUUUUGUGAGGAACUGCAUCAGCGCUGUCGAAACGCGAGGUAUAAAUGACCAGGGUCUAUACAGGGUGGUUGGAGUCAGCUCUAAAGUCCAGAAGCUUCUCAAUUUGAUGAUUGAUGAAAAGAGUGAAGAUGUGGAGCUCUCAUCCUGUGAGGACUGGGAUGUGAAGACCAUCACUAGUGCGUUAAAGAUCUUCCUGAGGAGUCUUCCUGAGCCUCUAAUGACGUACGCCUUGUACAAGGAGUUCAUUGCGCCUGCAAAGAGCAGGAGCCCAGAAGCCCGGGCCCAGGCCAUCCACUGUCUAGUGCACAAACUGCCUGAGAGUAACAGACAUGUGCUGAGUCUGGUCACUCAACACCUGGCCAAUGUGGCCUCCCAUAGUAAACAGAACCUUAUGACGGUAGCUAACCUGGGCGUGGUGUUCGGACCCACGCUCAUGCGCCCACAGGAAGAGACGGUGGCUGCUAUCAUGGACCUGAAGUUCCAGAACAUUGUGGUGGAGAUUCUGAUUGAACACCAUGAAAAGAUAUUUGGAGACGCUCCGAGUCUUUCGGUGCUGACUCCCUUCUCCGCUCACACCCGCCAGUCCAAGAAGCAAAGCCGAACGUGUCGUCCACUCGCUGUCUACAACCCCCAAGUACUGGACAUCCACACAGUCUCUCCAUCCUCUGAAGCGGUGUCUUCAGGCGCUGACGAGGCGUCUCUAGGUAGUAAUGAGUCUGACUCCUCCCAGUCAUCCAUAGCUUCUGCCUCGGAAAUCCCCCCAGAGUUGGGCAGUAGUCCCCAUGGCAACCCUGCCGUCACCAGCUCUCAGAAUGCUGGGGUGUGCACUGCUAUGGCGGCGUGGAUGAACUCGAGUGCCAGUCCCUCACCGUGUGAGGAUCCAGGGGCACUAACCUGUGCAGAGGCAGCCAGAGGUUGUGAGGGCAAACCAGCAGAAAGUGUCACCGUCAUGAAAGCCAAGGCCGUGUAUCCCUGUGAAGCUGAACACGAUUCCGAACUGUCCUUCCAGGUCGGUGCGAUCUUCCAUGCUGUGACGUGGUCCAGAGAGCCCGGCUGGCUGGAAGGGGAGCUGGAGGGCAAACGUGGCCUGAUUCCGGAGAACUACGUGGAGAUACUGUAGCACAGGACAGGGAAUCCUGCGCCUCUUCCGCAGUCUCCAAUGCGCCGUGACCUUUCCAUGACCUUCUCCAUACAGACACGUCAGCACAUGCUUGCGUUUGCUUCGGAAAACAGGAAUAAACCUCCACCUUGUGGAUAUGACAUGGCUUUCAAAACUGUACAUAUUUAAUGUGGGAGUAUAAUUACAUGCCUUUGUUUCUUUUGGUUGUUUGUUUGUGGUUUUUAGUGGGCAGUUUGGAGUUUCUGCAUGGAUGUACUUUAUUUUAUAUUAUUUAACAGACACAGUUCAUUUAAUUGAAUAAUGUGUGUGUCCAGUGUGUAAGCUAAAAGUAAGAGCUCCACAGGAUUGCGUUCUUCUAAGCUUCCUCACCAGAGGACCACCUUCAAAGUUCUGCUUUAAGUGUCUUGGUUAAAGCUUCUGGAAGCACUCAGGAUGGUGUUUACUUUAGCGAGACUUCACCCAUCAGGGUGCUUUAGCAAGGCUUCACCCAUCCUGCCUGGGACGGUGUUCAGGACUCAGGAUGGAGUGACCUUGUUGUUUUCACGUAUAAAGCAAAAAAAAAAAAAAGUUUUUUUACACAGCAAGAAAACACUCUAAAAAAUAAAACCAAAACGUUACACAGUGACUAUAAUGCACUGUUGAGAGAGAGAGAGAAAGAGAGAGAGAGAGAGAUGGGCGGUUAACGUGGCCUGCUGGCGGCGUGUGAGCACAAACACUCCCCUGUAGCAGGCCUGCGGACCCCCCCAAACACACACACACCCACCAUGCAGUGUAAUGUCAGUCACAUUUCUCCUGGCUUCAGGUUCCUGUGCUUCCCUUUGACUGAGCACUGGUGCAAGAGUUUGACACUGAUUUAUGACGCGCGUAAAGCUUUGGCUUUGCUUUGAUUUCUUUCUAUUUUUGGACAUCCUGUCAAUCGAUGUUAAAUAAAUAAAGUACUUUUAUUGUUA